UUGUUUUGUGAAUAUUUCUUAUCUGGGAUCUCUCAUUCUCUCACUUGAGAAUACUCUCUCUCUCUCUCUCUCUCUCCCCAUUAACUUUCUUCUGUCUUUCAGAGUCUGGCCCAGCAGAUCGAAAUCUCCAUCUUUUCUUCCAGUUGAUGACGAUCUAAGCUUGUCCAAAAUGGUGUUUCCAAAAUACCCAUUUUUUGCUUCUUCCUAUUUAUUUAGUUUUCUUCUCCUUCUCUUUUGCCUUCGCUCCUUCCAGUCUAGAUUCUCCACUGCAGUGAUUAUUCUUUAUUGGGUAUUGGACAAUAAUUGAAUCCAUGAUGUGGGUGUAAGAGAUGGGCACCAAGAUCCAGUGUAAAAGCUACUUGCCUGGAUAUUCCAUGAGGAAUCUUAAAGAGAAUUGUAGUAGUAGUAAGUGGCCCUUACUUUAUGGAGACAAAACCUUGGCAGAUGAACAAUAUUACAAUAACUUCUUGUCUGGCACUUUUACGACUGCCUAUCCUGCUUAUAAUAAGGAUGGUUUAAAGCAGACGAUGAUUGAGCAUGAGGCAAUAUUCAAGCAGCAGGUGUUUGAACUCCAUCGCCUUUACAAGAAACAGAAAGACAUGAUGGAUGAGAUUAGAAGAAAGGAACUACUUGAGCGUCGGAUACCAAUGGAGUCAUGUUCGUUUUCAAGGCCACUGUUAUCUCAGAAAGGGCAUAAACCAAGCUUCUCCUUGGUGAACUCUGUUUGCACUAGACCGUCUGUUUCAGGUGUUGAAAUUGAUAGUUCUCCUGUGAGUUGUACAGAAGGGAAUGACAUGUACAAUGGUCAAAGUCCAUUCCAGAAUGGGUUUAGUUCCAAGGAUUGUGAGAUAUUGGAGUCCAGACCCUCAAAGGUUAGGAAAAUGUUGUUUGAUCUUGAACUCCCAGCUGAUGAAUGCAUUGAUUCAGAGGAAAGCAACCCGUCCUUGAAGAAUAAGAUAUCUGAUGUUUCAAGUUGUCCUCCUCUGGGUAGACACCACAGGAUUGCUCCCGAGAGUAGUGUGAAGUUGAAUCUUGAUAUCAGUGCAAAGAUUGACUGUGACACAGGUACUUCUUCAAGAUCUGGUUACUGUUGUAAGAGCUCUAUCAAGUUGGCUGAUCUGAAUGAACCCAUUCAUGUUGAAGAACCAGCGCUUCCUGCAUCUCUUGAUUUUGUUGGCUGUGCUGCCAGCUAUGGAGAGACUAAAGAUCAGGAUCCUGCUGGUAAAUUCAAGUCACAGUUUCUUCUAGGUCUGCCCAAGGAGAUUCUACAGAACUCCCAUCAUGUCAAGAAUAUUGAAAAUGGGAGAGAGUGGUCAGCCUAUGUGCAGGAAGCGAGACACUGCAAAACCUAUCCGGAUUCUGCUCCUCAGGGUGUCCAUGUAGAUAAGGCACUCCUAUCUUCUGAGCUAAUACAUACUAUGCCUGACAAAACUCUUCAGCCUUUUGGUAUUCUUCGGCCUGAUCGUAGCAAGGAAGAUGUAUGGAGCAGCAGAACAGUUUGUGAUUCAGAACACUGGCAAAGAAGCUGUAAUCCCUCUGGUUUUAAUCACCCAGAACCAGUUGUUGCCUCCAAUUUACCUAGUUCAUACCCAUUUAUUCACUCCUCUGACCUGGACCAUGCUUGGUCUGUGUCCAUCUCCACUUGGGGAAAGCCUAGUGUUACUUUGGCCCAUAAAUUGACAUCAAGCCAAGCAAAUCCGCCUUCAGAUUCAGCUGGUUUCUCAAGUAGAAGUUCCAAGUCUUCGGCUCAAAGCCAUGAGAUUUUUGGAGACAAAUUGUAUCUUCACAGUAGAUCUGGGUCUACUGCUGGCUUAGGAAGUGGACUGUCUAAUCCUAAUGGACUUCGCCAUGGAUCUUCAUCGGCUUCAAAGGAUAUAGCAGCCCAUUUCCCUUUGGGCGGUUAUGAUUAUUUGAACUGUUGUAAGGAUCACAAGGUAGCUUCUGAAUGCUCGAUUAAUUAUGGUCCCGGAAGCUAUUUAAAGGGCUCAGAUUUUGCAGACGUGAAGUUGACAAAUGAUAUGAAGCCGAACCCCUUCCUUUCCAAAUGUUUAUCUAAUGAGGUUGUUCCUCAGCGAGGCCUUGAGAUCAGGCAUGAAGAGAGGAAGUGUGAGGAUCAUUUGAAAGCUUUGCCUUGGUUUAAAGCUAAGCCUGCUGCUGGUAAGAAUGAGGGCACCAACGCAACGGUCUCAGAUUCUCGCCUAUUGUCGACAGGAAGUGAAACUGUGAAAAUCCUUGAAGUUGGGGCCAAGAGCAAUGAGUUGAGUGACUGCCUAGUUAACAGGAAAAUCCUUGGUUUUCCCAUUUUUGGUAAUCCUUGCACUCCUAAGAAUGAGUCGUCUUCUCUUGUCUCUGCUUCUGCAUUCCUUCAAUGCACCUCUCGAGGUGAAGAUAUAAAAAAUGUUGGCAAAGUUGGACUAAUCGAUAUAAACAUGGCUUGUGACCCCGAAUCCAGCACAGAGCUUGACGAGAACAUACCCGUUGUAGAUGAGUGCGAGAAGAAGGUUACCAAUGUAAGAACUCACAUCGAUUUGAACUCACUUGCAAGUGAUGACGAAGCUACAUUAGCUCCCUCCAUUGCAAGCACGAGUGCCAACCUGAAGAUUGCAGUGGAGAUAGAUCUUGAAGCCCCUCCAUGUCCAGAGAUUGAGGAAGGCGUGCCACCUGCUGCCGAUGAACAUGAGAUGAUACUUCUGAAAUCGGCACAGCUCAAGCCCGAGCAGCCACAGGAUGAAGAUGCCAGGGCUGCGGCGGCUGAGGCAAUAGUUGCUAUGUCAUCCUGUGCUCAUCUCAGUCAUGUGGAGAGCACUGCUUGCCGUCAAUCUGAAGCUCCGGCAGACGCCCUCCUGUGGCUGGCGGAGGUAGUUUCUUCGCAUUCGGAUUGUCCUGAGAGAAAUUCCGGCGCUACAUUGAGGAGCACAGACGGUGGCGACAAUGAGGUACCUUAUUCUGAUGAGAUUGACUCCUUUGAACUCAUGACACUGAACCUGAUAGAGAUCAAGGAAGAAGAGUUCAUGCCAAGGCCUCUUGCUCCCAGAAACAGAGAAGCGGAAGAAACCAGAACAGCUGCAUUACUGAACCGACCGCGCAAGGGCCAAUGGAGAAGAGGGAGGCAGCGGAGGAACUUCCAGAGAGACAUCCUUCCCGGCCUGGCUUCCUUGUCGAGGCAUGAGGUAACCGAGGAUCUUCAGACAUUCGGCGGGAUGAUGAGCGCCGCCGGUUUUCCUUGGCAUUCGGGAUUGACGACCAGGCGAAAUGGCGCCAGAACCGGGGGUGGCAGGGGAAGGCGCCGAUCGGUGGUGGCCGACCAUGCCGCCGCUGCCGCCGCCGCCACCAGCUCCCCUCAGAUACCGGAGCUUAGUAGCAUUGAAGUCGGAUUGGCGGAUCAGAGCCCGACAGGGUGGGGAAAGACUCCUCGCCGGCCUCGCCGCCAACGAUGCCCUGCCGCCGCCGCCACUUUGAACUAAUUACAAGUUCAUACAGGGAAGGGAACCCUCAAGCAGGGAGGUGUGAAUGGCCUCUGGGGGUGAGUGUGUUGCUUUGAGUCUGAGUCUCUGUUUACUGUUCUAUUCUCAAAUAAUUUUGAAUUAUUUUUCUGGGAAUAUAUAUAUAUAUACACAUUUACCA